AUGAACCAAAGCAAGUAUACUUCUCUAAAUGGUUUUAUUCUGCUUGGUUUCUCUGACCAUCCUAAACUGGAGAUGGUCCUGUCAGGAAUUGUCGCUGUCUUCUACUUAAUUACAUUGGUGGGUAACACAGCCAUCAUUCUUGCAUCUCUCCUGGAUUCCCAACUCCACACACCAAUGUAUUUCUUCCUAAGGAAUUUAUCUUUCCUAGAUCUAUGUUUCACAACCAGCAUUGUCCCUCAGAUGCUCGUUAACUUGUGGGGACAUGACAAGACCAUCAGCUAUGUGGGCUGUGUCAUUCAGCUCUAUAUUUACAUGUGGCUGGGCUCCAUUGAAUGCCUUCUCCUGGCUGUUAUGUCCUAUGAUUGCUUUAUAGCUAUUUGUAAGCCCUUGCAUUAUUUGGUGAUCAUGAACCCACAUCUAUGUCUCAAGAUGGUUAUCAUGGUCUGGAGUAUUAGUUUGGCUAAUUCUGUAGUAUUAUGCACACUCACCCUGAAUUUGCCUCGAUGUGGAAGCAACCUCCUGGAUCAUUUCUUGUGUGAGUUGCCAGCUAUGGUCAAGACAGCUUGUACAGACACCACAACUGUUGAAAUGUCUGUGUUUGCUUUAGGCAUUGUCAUUGUCCUUACACCUCUCAUCCUCAUUCUUAUAUCCUAUGGCUACAUUGCCAAAGCUGUGCUGAGGAUGAAGUCAAAAGCAGGCCGACGAAAAGCAGUUAAUACCUGUGCAUCUCAUCUCACUGUGGUGUCCAUCUUCUAUGGAAGUAUUAUCUACCUGUACCUGAGACCAGGUAACAGUGCCUCCAAAGACCAGGGCAAGUUCCUCACCCUCUUUUACACCAUCAUCACUCCAAGUCUCAACCCUCUCAUUUAUACUCUGAGGAAUAAGGACAUGAAGGAUGCACUGAAGAAGCUAAUGAGAGUUGACCACGAAUCCACCAAAUUGAAGAGGAAAUGGAAGUCAUAG